UUCGGUGAAGCGGCCCGGCGUUACAGUUAGUAGCUACCGGUAUCUAACAAACUUCACCUGAUUGAAAAGCGUGAAUGUGGCGCCAGGCUUCUCUACUGUAGAGAACACUUCAGACUGAGUCCCGCACGCGCUGUUAGUGUUUGGGUGUUUAGGUAUCGUUCAGAAGUUUGAUUCUGAAGAUCAGUGGUCAUGUCUGGCAUUGCUCUCAGUCGACUUGCACAAGAGCGUAAAGCUUGGAGGAAAGACCACCCCUUUGGCUUUGUUGCUGUACCAACCAAGAAUCCUGAUGGAACAAUGAAUCUGAUGAAUUGGGAGUGUGCCAUUCCAGGAAAGAAAGGGACUCCCUGGGAAGGAGGUCUUUUUAAGCUAAGGAUGCUCUUUAAAGAUGACUACCCCUCAUCACCCCCAAAAUGUAAAUUUGAACCUCCACUGUUUCAUCCUAAUGUGUACCCAUCAGGAACAGUCUGCCUCUCUAUCCUAGAGGAGGACAAAGACUGGAGACCUGCUAUCACGAUCAAACAGAUUUUGUUGGGGAUCCAGGAGCUUUUGAACGAACCUAAUAUUCAGGACCCAGCCCAGGCAGAGGCUUAUACCAUAUACUGUCAGAACAGAGUGGAGUAUGAGAAGAGAGUCCGAGCACAAGCCAAAAAAUUCUCUCCCUCAUAGAUGUGAUGGAGGGGUGGAUAAAUGGAGGGAAUGUGUCAACACUUCUUUUUUUUUUUUUUUUUUUUCUCCCCUCCUCUUUUCCUUCUCUUCUCUUGCUGGGACUGAAAGGACUCUAUGCGAUGUCUGUGCCAUCUGUCCCAACCUCAGGCUCCGCCCCUGAUUGUGAUGUCUUGAACACGGCCCCUAUCCCCUGCCCUCUGCUUUCUUACAGGCCAAACCCACCAAUCAGAAAUGGGCUUUAUUUUUCAGUUGAAGCAAACAUGGAGUGACUUUUUUUGGAAUCGUAUUCUUAACUUUCAGUGCGGGUGCUGUGAAUGGAAAUUUGAGCAUGUAUGUUUUGUCUUAUUUUAAUGUUAAAUUUACCUUUCUUGGUCAUUUUCCUUCAAGACUGUAUGUAUGUAUGUAUGUAUGUAUGUGUAUGUAUGUAAGUAAAUGUGCAUGUGCAAGCGUCUGCACACACACAGUUACCAGAGUUAGCUCUGGUCAGGCUGGUUGCUCUCUACCACAUACCUGUGUGAGAGUGAGUGAAAGAGUGCCUCAUGACUGCUGAGACCAGUUUUGCUCAUGUCCAGCUUAUCUGAUCUCAGCUGUUAAUGCUGUUUGUCUAUGGUAAAAUUAGGAGCUCUUUGCUCUUAACACUUGUGAGUCCAAACAAAUACCGUAAGUUCAUUCAGCAAUCAGACAAUUGGCCGUUAGUCUGUACCAAGUGGCUGCCGCUUGGAAGCAUGCUAAUGCUGGUCAAGGUUGUGGCUAAUUGCAGAUUUGGGAUCAUCGUAGGGUCGACCUGCUCUGAUCCAUUCGGAUAGCUUUUUGUUUGUUUGUUGGUUUGUCUAUGAUGGGAACACGUGUCCUGCGCUCUUUGUUGGUUUAAUAAAACUUUUUACAAAACCA